AUGGCUCCCGCGCUUCUGAUAGACGACCAGCAUAAGGCCGAAGGGCAAAGGCGCCUACCCGUUACUCUCCUUAGUGGUUUCCUUGGGUCGGGUAAGACAACUCUGCUCGAGAACAUCCUGACAUCCCCAGACCAUGGCCUCCGAAUAGGAGUCAUAGUCAAUGAUGUCGGUGCGUUGAACAUUGACGCAGCCCUCCUCACCUCCCAUGAUGUGACAAGAAAGGAGGAGCAGGUUGUAGCUAUGCAGAACGGUUGUAUCUGCUGUACUCUAAGAGGCGACCUUCUCGAAGAGGUUGCUAGACUGGCGGAAGAGAAGCAGGUCGAGUACCUCGUCAUCGAAAGCUCCGGCGUUAGCGAACCAAUGCAAGUUGCAGAGACGUUCUCAGAAGAGUUCGCCGACAUGCACAUCGCCGCGGGAUACGAUCUCGAGGCGGAAGAGCAGGGCGAUCAUGAGGCGAAUAAGAAGCUCGCUCAGAUCCUGAAGGCCGGCGGGUUAUCUAAGGUCGCACGUCUCGACACAUGUGUUACGCUGGUAGACGCCGUCAACUUCAUGCAAGACUUCGCUACGGCCGACUUUCUGGUUGACCGCCAAACUGACGUCCCUCAGGAGGACGACCGCAACAUCUCCGACCUACAAGUGGAUCAGGUAGAGUUUGCUGAUGUCGUUAUCGUUAACAAGUGCGACCUCGUCUCCAAGGAGGAGGUCAAUCGGAUCAAGGGAGUCGUCAAGAAGCUCAACCCUAGCGCCAAGGUUGUCUCGACGAUAAAGUCACGCCUUGACCUUAAGGAGAUUCUUGACACUCGGCUGUUCUCAUACGAGAAAGCGGCCCUUAGUGCCGGAUGGUUGAAGAGCUUGAACGAAGAAAUAAACCCGGAGACGGAGGAAUAUGGCAUCGGCACGUUCAUAUAUCGAGCACGCCGACCUUUUCAUCCUGCAAGACUCUGGGACAUGAUCAAGUCAGUAUUCGUCGUCAUCCAGACGGAGUACCAGAUCGAAGGAGAGGAAAUGGACGUUGACGAAGAUGAGACGGAUGGUGCUGAGGGUGAAGAUGACGAUUCUGAUGAGGGCGCUGACGAAGAUACCGACAUGGAGGACGAGCAGCCUCAGCUCGAUCCUAAAGCGCGGUUAGCCUCAAAGAUGGCAGACGCAACAUUUGGCCCUCUAUUAAGAUCUAAGGGAUUCCUGUGGCUAGCGACCAGGCCAAAAAUGUAUGGAGAAUGGUCACAAGCAGGCGUGAUGCUGACUAUUUCCGGACAAGACCUUUGGCGUUGCGAGGUUCCGGACAACGAAUGGCCUACUGACCCAGAGACGAGAAAGGCUAUAACACGCGACUUCGAUGGUAAAUGGGGAGACCGCCGUCAAGAACUUGUCUUCAUCGGCCAGCAAAUGCGGAACGGGGGAGAAGAACGUUUACGGAAGGCUCUCGACAACUGCCUCCUCAAUGAUGAGGAAUUCAGUAAUUGGGAGGCGGCAAUGGAAUCAGAUGAUAUUGAGGAGAAGUUGAACGAACUAUUUGAAGACGGAUUUGAGGAUUGGAUUGAAACCAGUCACGAAGGCCACGACCAUACAAACGGGCAUAACCAUGGAGACCACAAACACUGA